AUGGCUACUCGCAAGGCUAUCAAAGCCAUUAAUUGGUCCGCGAUUGCCGAAAGGAUUCAAGAGAGUGAAAAGCCCAUUUUUGCUAACUUUCGUACUAAAUCUGAGGGCUACCUCCGACGCAUGAACGAGUUCCCAGAAACAGUUCCAGCAAUUGAUUGGGCUCAUUACAAAAAAAGUAUUCCCAACUCAGCAAUGGUUGACGAGUUCCAAAAGCAAUAUUCAAGCCUGUCAAUCCCAAUUCCAGCUGAUAAGUACACUUCAAUUGUAGAACAGCAAGAAAAAGAAGCGGCGGAACACGUCAGAAACUUCAUCACAGAAUCUAACAAGCGAAUUGAGGAAUACAAAGCUGAAAUUACUAAAAUCAGUUCAAUGAUACCAUUUGAACAGAUGACUAUGGAAGACUUUGCAGAACUGUACCCAGAACACGCAUGGAACCCAGAGAAACCAACAAUCUGGCCACACGACCCCGAGUACCAGCCUGGUGAUGAACCCGAGCCAAUUCCAAAAGGCGAGCACUAA